UCUAGUUGAAACAUUAUUCACAACUUAGAUGAAUAAAUCUGGUCUAACCCUUUUCAACAAAUCAUAUCAAUGAAAUCUAAUGCCACAUAUACCAUUCCAGUUAAAGAAAAAGAAAAAUGGAAGUUGUCAAAGAAUCUUGCAACAUGUUUUUUUUUACCUUCCAAUUUUUAUAACCCAAAAAUGCCUUCCAUUUUGUUCCUCUUCUUCAUCAGAAAACAUCUAUAAAAGCUAAUUUGUUAAGGUCUUGUCAGUUCAACAUUUUCUCCAUAAUCAUAAGGUUAGAGAUAUAAUGGAUUCUUUUAGAGGAGAACAAUUUUCAACAGAAACUAGCUCCUAUAAGGAUAUCAAAAUCGUAGAUGAAGAAGAGAUUACCUUCAAGAAUCCAGAAGAAAACACACACAAGGUAAAACAGUACAUUGGAGUUCGAAAGCGACCAUGGGGAAAAUAUGCAGCUGAAAUUAGGGAUUCAACAAGAAAUGGAAUUAGGGUCUGGCUUGGAACUUUCGAUACUGCUGAAGAAGCUGCUUUGGCUUAUGACCAAGCUGCUCUCUCGAUGAGAGGCGAAUUCGCUUGCCUCAAUUUUCCUGUGGAAAGAGUUCAAGAAUCGUUACGAGGAUUCAAGUGUAGUGGCAAUGACGGUUCAACAUCUCCAGCUGAAGUUAUAAAGGAGAAACACAAGAAGAGAAAUAGCAAAGGUAAAAAAAUAAAAGCUAAGGAAGAAAAUGUGUUAGUUCUUGAAGACUUGGGUCCUGAUCUGUUAGAUGAGCUCUUAUCUAAGUGUUCUACUUCUGAGUAAAUUUUUUUUUCUUUUUCUUUUGAUUUAUCCUGUAUUUACAGUCUUCUUGUUUUUAAUUCACUUAAUACUUUUUCCCCGAUAUUUUUGGAACAAACUCCCAAUUCAUGAAACCCCAAUAUUACAAAACCAGAACGCACACCAAAUUGACUUAGCUUACAGUUUAGUGAUAUCAGUGAGAGUUUUGGACACAAUAGACGUAAGUUUGAUUCUCACCAGCACCAUUCCCCUUUCCCUUUCCUUGAUCCAUCAAUGCAAUAGGAAAAAAAAAAAAAAAACUUUUUUGCAACAAAGAAAAAAAAAGUCUCAGGCAAAUAAUGAGCUUUC